CUUGCUGAAUAUGUCACCUUGACAUGUCAAAUAUGUCCAAUUUUAAUUUCCCUGCAGAGUUACAGCCGCAUUAAAAAAAAUGGGAUCAAGUCUCCCCAGUCUCCCCUACUAUAUAAAUCCUCACUGCAUUCGAUGGGAAAAACCAUCGCCUAGUGUCAUAUAGAUGUACCGUUUAUGUCAUUGAUCCCACAUAUUCCAAUGAAACACUUUCCACCACUAGACUAUCUGCAACGAGAUAAUUAUAAUUAGCUCAUUAAAAAACUUGCGGUCCAUCACUCACAAAGUCCACAACGAAAGACAUUGACUCCUGAUCGACCCCAACAAGAGCGGGAGAGACUCUAAAAACGAUAGAACCACCUGUCGUCACUGCACUUGUCCGUCGCUCGAUCACUGGCACGUGGAUCAGAACAGCGCAUUGAACCGGUUCUGCCGCCUGCAGUUCAAACCGUAAUCCUCGCCCAGCCACAGCCGAAGCGCAAUUAAAGUUCUCGAUUUUAUUUAACGACUCCUCCUGACCCGGGCAGUUGUUUGAAAUGUUUUGUCGGAAGAAGAAGAACUGCCUCGGUGGCUGUUUGGUGUUGCUCGUGGUGGGGGUGGCCAUGGCCUCAUCCGCUACACCACCCAGUAAAACCUUGACCAAUGCAGCACGGUACGGAUUGGCAGCUCACAGACAUCAUGUCAUCACCCACGAUGGAUACCGUCUGGCCUUGUACCGAAUUCGAUCGCAUGCUCACGCCCGAGGAAUAGUUUUGCUCCAGCACGGCAUUCGGCAAUCGUCCGCUGAUUGGUUGAUGAUCGAUCGAAACCUUCCGAUGCAGCUAUUGGAGGCUGGAUUCGAAGUAUGGCUGGGGAACUCUCGAGCAUCACCGGAAACGGUCCAUAUCAAGCAUCUGAGGAACUCCACGGAAUUCUGGGACUUCAGCUUUAAUGAAAUAGGAUACCUCGACCUGCCGGCCAUGAUCGACACCGUGUUGACGGUUGCCCGUAGGAGUUCGCUCCAUCUGGUCGGCUUCUCGGAAGGAUCUACGGCCUCGUUGAUCUUGCUCUCGGAACGGGUUUCGUACAACGCCAAGGUCGCCUCGUUGAAUGUGAUAGCUCCGGCUACGUUCAUGAUUAACAGUUUGAUAAAGCAAUUCGCCUACAUCUACGAAACAUUCCGCGACAGUUUCCCAGUGAGCCUUCAAGAGCUGGUCACCGGCAGUGAGAAACCGUUGAUCAAUUCAGCGAAACAGUUGGAGCACUUCCAUCAGCUGUUGGUGACCGGCCGCUUCCGACACUUCGAUUACGGCGAGUGGGACAAUGUGAAAUAUUACGGAGUGGAAAGGCCACCUCCGUACUCUCUGUGGAGGAUCACGACUCCGGUAACGGUACACUACGGGACUGCUGAUGGGAUCGUGCCUCCGGACGAUGUUCGCAAUUUGGCCAUGCAGCUGCACAAGAGCACAAAGGUUCGCAUUGUUCAGCACGAUCGAUUCGACCAUCGGGACUUUAUGAUGCAACCGGAUGCUGCCGUUCGGGUAUAUCCUCGGGUGGUUUAUGCUAUUGUGGAGUCGUCGCAUUGAGAUCUGUGGGGUUAUGAUUUAAGUUGUUGAUAAACCAUUUUGAUGAUUGUGAUAAUUUUGAUAUGCUUUUAUUAAAGUUGUGGUACCAAGGUGUCAGUCAGUGCAACAUUUUUGCAAGAAAAUAUUCAGCCUUUCGAGACAAUCGACGAUCAGCUCAAAUUUAUAUUUCAGAAAUCAGCACGUACCUCAACAACCGCACCAACUUGCCACUGAAUCGAAAGUAGUUUCAUCCCGACAUAAAUAUUCAAGCCACAACCUGUGCCACCGAGUACCGGUCUUCUUCUGUUCCCAAGCGGUUCAAUCAAUUGCUGUUCAAUCACACAACCGACAAACACGAUUCUCAAUCGCAACAGAGUGCACCAUGGCUUGGUUAGCGGUCGCGAUCAUGGCAUGAAGAGCUUAGUUAUGUUACCAGGCAAGUGACAAUCAUUCGUUAGAAUUCAGGUUCCAUGACCGAACGUGACAGACUGCACGCACACAUUGUGUCUGAUCGCUCGAAAAGGCUGCAAUUCGGAGUCAGACAGGCGAAUAGAUCCAGGAUACAGUUCAGCAUUCCAGAUUGAUACUCGAUCAAACGUCCCGAAGAAUAUAUUUUACGCACGUGCCUAGAAUGGGAAUGAGUGACGACGAAAAGGGUACAUACGUAAAUCGAUUGGGGACGCGAACAUAAUGAUAGUGGUUACGCAGAACAUCGACAAUGGUCAAUUGAGUAGGAAGAACCCGAUUGGUAGAGUAUGACAGAAAUAGGCAAAUUUGGAAUCAGUUGGUUUAGAUUCAUUAGCAAUAAUGAUGAGUUUUUAGUUUGAAGUGUAUUCUUGAACACAUUCGUAAAAUAUGGAAAUUAAAUUAUAAUCGUUAAAUCAGUGUUGCCAGCUAUUGACAGAACUAUGUAUAGUUGAUUAAUAUUUACGAUGAAAGGAGCAAAAAAGUUAAAUUUUGUAAAUUUGAGUGCGUUCUCUAGAAGUGUAUGGGUCAAAAAAGCAAAUGUACGAAUUAUUUAUUG